GUCCGUGCAGGGACAAAAAGGGGUGAUGUGUCUUCCAUGAUGGAGAAGCAGGGGCAGCGAGGGUCCUCCAGGAGCCGGCUGGAGGAGUAUAGUUUUAUCAGAUCCGUGGGAAAGGGGAGCUACGGGGAGGUCAGCCUUUUUCGUCACAGAGAAGAGGGGAGACAGUAUGUUAUUAAAAAGCUGAAUCUUCACAAUGCCCCCCGCAGGGAGCGCCAAGCAGCAGAACAAGAGGCACAGCUCCUCUCUCAGCUUAAGCAUCCAAACAUUGUAGCUUAUAAAGAAUCGUGGGAGGGAGAUGAAGGACUGCUAUAUAUUGUGAUGGGUUACUGUGAAGGAGGAGACUUAUACCAUAAACUGAAGGAACAGAAAGGCAAGCUUCUGCCUGAGCAGCAGGUGAUUGCUUGGUUUAUACAGAUUGCCAUGGCAUUGCAGUAUUUACAUGAUAAGCUCAUAAUGCACCGAGAUCUGAAAACGCAAAACAUCUUCCUGACAAGAUCAAAUAUAAUUAAAGUGGGAGAUCUGGGGAUAGCACGAGUACUGGAGAGUCAGUAUGAAAUGGCGAGCACCUUGAUUGGAACGCCUUACUACAUGAGUCCAGAGCUGUUCUCGAAUAAACCUUACAACUAUAAGUCUGAUGUCUGGGCGCUGGGCUGCUGUGUUUAUGAAAUGGCUACUCUGAAACAUGCUUUUAAUGCCAAGGACAUGAACUCUUUGGUUUAUCGCAUUAUUGAAGGGAAGCUGCCGCCAAUGCCAAAAGAAUACAGCUGUGAUCUGGGUGAUUUAAUUGGGACGAUGUUAAGCCAAAAGCCUGAGAAACGACCGUCGGUGAGGCAAAUAUUAAAGAAACCAUUUAUCAGGCAAAAUAUAGCUAUAUUUUUGCAGACAACAAAGCUCCCUGAGAAACGCAGAAAGAAAACUUCAGAGUCCUCUUCCAACAAGAAUGAUGGAAGUUCGGAGCUUCAAGCAAGGGCAGGUUCUGACCACACGCAGAAACCUCAAAAGAACAAAGUAAAGAGUCCUGUGAAAAACAAGCCAGCAAGUCCUGACUCAGUCGCUAAGAAUCGUAUGAGCGAAACAGUAGUGUCCAUUUCAACACUUAGCAAAGUGGAUAUUGAUAUCCUGGAAACUGAAAAGGAAGAUUCUAAUUCAGAACACGUUAUGCUGGCAGAUGAACCCAGAACACACCUGAGUGUGAAAGAGAAGGAUUUAAAAAAACUGAACAUAAUGUCCUUGGAUCAGGAAAACCAGGGCAAGACAAAUUCAGCAUCUCGUGCCACAGGAGAACAAAGAAGACUGAAAACUGUGCCUACUGACAACAUAGACACCUUGAAGCUAUUGCAACCAAUUCAGAAGAAUGAUACCAUGCUCAACGCAGAAGACCUGGAAGAUACAGAUAAACUACUUGAGCCAUUUAUUCCAGUGAUUGAACCAGAUGGAUUACCUCUAAAAUCAGAAGAUUUACAAGGCAACACAUGUUCUGGAUUUCAGCCUCACAGUUCAGUGUCUGAACCAUCCUUGUCAAGGCAACGAAGACAGAGAGACCAGAGAGCAGUGAAUUCCGAUCCGUUUCAUGUGGUGCUUCAAAGACCACUGCCUUCCCUCCCUACUGCCUUGCAUCAAGCUGUGAAGAAAACACAAAGCUCAGAAUCUGCAACCUCUGUAAAUCAGUCUAAAAAUAUUCAAAUCCUCAUUUCAGAGGAUAAUCGACCUCUGUCUGCACGAGAGAGAAGGCGGCUGAAACAGUCUCAGGAAGAAAUAUUUAACUAUGAGCCAACAGCCAGAAGAUACUCUGUGGGAAGCGAGCAACAAUCAAAUAAUGGGCCCAGCAAAUCCAUUGUUGGGAAUUCUUCAAAUCACUCAACACCGAAUAUAGCGUUAGCUGAGAAGAAUGUGGCUAUAUCGCAUAGCUUAUCUGAAGAUGAAUUAAGUUCCUCGGCCAGCUCAUCUGAGAAAUCUGAGGGAGAUUUAAAGGAUGGAAAAAGCGACUCAAAUGAAAUGCAAGAUCUGGUUCAACUGAUGACGCAAACAUUACAUAUGGAGAAAGAUCAAAUGCCCCUGAUUCCGUGCCGUGAAUUCAGACUUCACCGCAAAUACAGAGACACACUGCGUUUACAUGGGAAAUCAGCAGGAGUGGAGGAAGAGAUCUGUUUUGGAGACAUUCCCCAAGAUAAUUUAAGUGCUCCUGAGAAAUUCCGUCGUAUGAUUGAAGCUCUGAGAACUGAUGUUGUCCAGGGUCUGGGUGUGAAACUUCUUGAAGAAGUUUAUGAUAUCAUGGAAGAAGAGGAUGACACAAAAAAAGAGGUGCAGUUGCAGAAGCAUCUGGGGGACAAAUACACAAUGUACAGCCAGAAAGUUCGCCAACUAAAAUUUUUUGAGGAAAAUUCCAAAUUUUAAGGACAGUCUAUUUUUUUUCUUUUUUUUCCAGUUACUUUCUUCAGAAUCUGUAUAUUUUUGUACUUUUUACAUUAUCUGAUGCAUUAUGUACAAUGCAAAACUUUUUUUAUAGUUUGAAUGCAAAUAUAUUCAUGUAUUAUGUAUUUAUUGCAAUAGCAGGCGUAAAGAGAAAUACAGCAAUGUAUAUAUUAUCACAAAACAACACAGUGUCCAUUCAAUAGGACACAGAAAUAUUUGAUGGUUUCACAGAGUGACCCCUUCAUCUUAUUGUCUUUGAGCCCUACAUUUCAAAUGAUUGGUACCUGGAUAUGAAUAGUUAAGUGCUUAUCAUUACAAAAUCACUAAACAUAAAAUUUACCUGCAUUCAUUAUUUUAAAGUAUACGCUCUUUGAAUUCUAUGGUUUUAUAUAUCAGGACAUACCAAUCAUCUGUUCCUUAGCAGGUCUUAACAUUAGGUCAAUACAACCUCAAAUGAACAACACCACAGUUAUAGUUUACACAGUGUCAUGAUUUAUUUAUUUCAGAGAAAAGGCAUUGAUUACAUUUCAGCCUAGGAACACCUCUAGUGACCACUC